AUGGAGAGGCCGGAGCAGAGAGUCGGUAUCGGCGUGGGAGCUUUUCACAAUCCACCCAGAGCGAGCUACAGCGACGAGACCCAGAACCUUAUCAAAGUGUUGAUGGAAGAAUCGAAGCUCUCGAUGAUGCAGAGAAAAUCGAUUCAGGACGUGCUCAAUAAAGGAGCGCCUCUGCCACCGCCGCAGCCCAAGACAACGAAGCCAAAUAACUAUGCCAAUCAAGCUCAAGUGCAAUAUCCGUCGGUCUGGAAGCGAAGAUCGAGGGAGAUCAUAGCCAGCAGCGGAGCUUACGAGAGGGAGCAGUACAGGCGCACGUCACCGCUUCCCAACAAAGACAGGCAGAAAAGACACUUGGCCUGCAUGAUGGCUUACGGCAAAGACAUGCCACCGACGCCAAGGCAGCAGGGAUACAUGCCGAAGCCCAGAAAACCGCUGCAGCUCGAGCCCAACGAAGAUCCUUUCAAAGACGUCGUGCGAGGCAUUCAAGAGAGGAUCGAGUUUCUCCACGACAUGGAGUGUCUGGGCCUCGGCAAGAAGUACCGGCCGAUCAUGCACCAGGAGAUCGCCCAGAAGAUCCGUCUGAUCGAGUCGAUGGACAAGGACCGAUCGCGUCAGGUCAGCCAGGAGCUCGAGCAGUUCAAGAUCGAGCGGCCGCCGCCGAAACCGUUUCCCCUCGGCGAUCUGGACGAAUGA